AUGUCUAACAAUAACCAAAAUAUUUCCUCAUAUAACAAUAAUCCCCCUAACUUUGACAAUGAAAACCUGCCUCUAAUUUCAAAUCAAAACAAAACUUCUUCUCAAAAUCAAAAAAGACUUCUUCAUUUGCCCUCAAUUCACAAUUUAUAUUCUCACAAUAUCAACCUUCAUCUCACCACAACACCAACACCAACACCAACACCAACAACUGCAACAACUGCAUCUGCAACAACCACCACCACUAGUCCUACAAACUCAAAUACAACUAAUACCACAAAUCUGUCCUAUAAUACAAACAAUCUAACUUCACAUAUAAUGAGCAGCCACUAUGUCCAAAAUUUUCCAAUUCAACAUGAUCUGCAAAAAAAUCUAAACAAUGACCACUAUUCACCUCAUCAACCUCUUCCUCACCAACAGCCACACAUUCUUCCUCACCAGCUGUAUAAUUCAAUUCAACACUCACUUUCAAACCAAAGCUCAUCCCAAAAUAACCACAACACCCUUCCACUACCUCAUCACUUUCCUGCUGUUUCUCCUCCUUCUCUUCCUUCUCUUCACCCUCCUCCUCCUCCUACUGUUCAUACACCUGGAUCAUCACAACCACCACCACCAUCAUCUUACUACUAUAAUAAUCCCACCUUUAUCCAACAACCUUCCGAUUAUAACCCUUAUAACAAAUCUCCCUCUUUUCAAAAUCGUUUGCCCUUCAACUCUCAAAAUCAAUUGCAUCCAAAUCAACACAUAACUACUAAUUCUGAUCCUCAUCUUCAAUCUCAAUCUCAAUCUCAACUUCAAAACCAAUACCAACAACCUCAACAACAACAACCACAACCUCAACCACAACCUCAACCUCAACCUCAAUCACAUUCUCGAUCAAGAUCUCUGUCUCAAACCCCAACCAUAAUAUCAACUUCUUUAAAUCACCAAAACACAAUCAACUAUAAUAAUUCAAAUCCAAAUUUCAUUGAUAAUAAAAAAAAUUAUACUAAAAACUACAACAAAAACUACAAUAAAAACUACAAUAAAAACUAUAAUAAAAUCCAGUCUCAACCUGAUUUACAAAUUCAAUCUCAAAUCUCAUCCCAACUUCCUCAAUUAAUCCCAAAAAUUAAUAAUAAUUAUCCUCAAUAUUUAUCUCAUAACUCCAAACACUCAAUAUUUGAUAAAUCAAUCCCCGACCCUUUAAAUCAUAACGCGAAUAUCACAAAUGAUAACAACAAUAAUAACAAUACUGCCACUAACAAUAAUAAUACAACUUCUAACAAUAAUAAUUUUUACUACGUCAAAACAAGAGCAAAUAUAGAAGAAAACUUCCUAUACAAAAAUUUAGAAUCUUCAAAAUACAUCUUGCCCGAUAAUGACCAAAACAAUGAUAUCUCCUUUUCAAAUAUUCCCCUUCUACCAACUGUUUAUGCUUCUCAAAAUGAUUUUCUCGACCCCAUAUCCUUUAUAGAAAACAUCAAAUCAAUUGGUCAAAAAUAUGGUGCAAUUAAAAUCAUUCCCCCAGAAAAUUGGUCAAUAAACUUCAACUUAAACACAGAACUAUUUUGGUUUAAGUCGAGAAGACAGCUACUAAAUAGUCAAAAAAAUGAAAUGGUCUCAAGAUUUGAAUUUUAUAAUGAAUUAAUUCGAUUCCAUAGCUCAAAUAAAAGGAAAAAAGACAGCUCUAAUUUCUUAAAUAAAUUACCCUCAAUAGAUAAAAGGAUCUUAGAUCUUUAUAGACUAAGAGCGUAUGUAACAUUAAGAGGUGGCUUUGAUGUCGUUUGCAAAAAAAAAUUAUGGGCUCAAAUUGGUCGUGAAUUAGGCUACUCCGGCAGAAUAAUGACUUCUCUAUCUUCUUCAUUGAAAAGUGCUUAUCAAAGGGUCAUCCUCGAUUAUGAUAAUAGUCUCAAAAUUAAAAACACCUCGAAAUCUUCAAUUUCAAAAAGAAAAUCAGAUAAAAAAAGAAUUUCAACUGAUUCGGAAAAUGAAAAUAAUAAAGAUGACAUUAUCAAUAAUAUCAAAAAUAACAACAAUAAUCAUCUUGAUCAAAAUCAAAAUAGCAACACUAAUAAGAAUAAAAAUAAAAGAAUUCAUAAAAGACUAAAAUUAGAAAACCCUGUAACAAAUCUAUCAAAUGAUUCAGAUGAUAUUCUUGAACUUGAAUAUAAACAAGUCCCUGUUAUUUUAGGCUCUGCCAUAGAAUUUAAAAGAUCUAGAGAGGUUUUAAGAUCAAAGGGCUUUUAUACACAUUUUGAUUCCACAAGUGAAGAUAAAAAGGCUGUAACUUUAAGAGAUAAAACAGACCUUGGAACUUAUAAUUUUUAUGGUUGGUAUAAUUCAGACUUACUUGUUGUAAAUGAAAUAUCAACAUAUGACUCUAAAAUAUCUCCGAUAUAUAAUUUAAAACAAUUUUAUGAAAAAAAUUCAAAAUUUCAAGAGUUUAUUUUUGAGAAAUACCAAGCUGACUUAACUUUUCUUAACAAUUCUAGAUUUGAUUACAAAAAAAGUACGCUGAAUUUAAGUGAUUACGAAAUGAAAUUUGAUGAAUCAACUUUAUAUCCGGCAAAUUCAAAAUUUAAAGGAAAGAAACAUUUGGUCAAUUACAGAAAUAGAAACCGUAAUUCUUCUACAAACUCCAAACCUACUGCGCCGGAAUUAUCACCUACAGAGGAAGAAUUGGAAAAAUUAUAUUGGAAAAUUAUUAAUGAUCCAGAAACCUCAUAUGAAGUUGAAUGUGGUAUCAAAAUUAGUUCAAAUAUUCAUGAAUCUGGUUUCCCCAUUAUUUCUAAAGGGUUUGAAAGCAAUCCCACUGAAAAGCUCAAAGAAACUGUAGACCCAUGGAAUUUAAAUAAUUUGAGUUUGAACAAAAAUUCCUUGUUGAGAUUUUUACGUGAUGAUGAUUACUCAAAUUUUACAAGAACAAAUUUAAGUAUAGGUAUGUUGUUUAGCAGUGAAAAUUGGUCUGCAGAAGAUCACUUUCUAUACGAGGCAGACUAUCAACAUCUAGGAUCACCAAGAUUGUGGUAUGUUGUUCCUCCUUCAGACCAAAUAAAAUUUGAAGAGUUGAUGGAAAAAGUCACAAAAUUGAAAAAAAAAAUUAUCAUGAAAUCUGGGAAAAAGUCAACACUUCCAAGAGUGCAGGUUUCAGAGCUAGGAUCCGGGUUUACCGAUAAUGAAUUUUACUUAUGUUCUUUAGAAAACAGAAUCCCCACUCACAUCAAUAAUAGGAGAUUUGCUCAUCAAAAUGAGUUGUUUAAUGAUUUAUUUGACCAUCAAGAUAUUAAAAAUUUUAUUGAUUUUAAAGAAAAAAACCAAAGUCAGUACGAUAUUCAAUCAAAAUUAAAUGAAGAAGAAGAGGCUCUUCUCGGAGAGUUGCCAACAUUGUUCAAUCAAGAUAGCUUUUUAUCCAUAGAGUUUUUAAAAAAGCAUGGCGUUAAUGUUUACAAGACAUUUCAAAGACCUGGACAAUUCAUUAUAAAGUUUCCAAAAGCUUAUUCUGCGAAAGUAAACCUUGGUUUUUCAACUUCAGAAUCUAUUAAUCUAGCGACAUGUUCAUGGCUUGAAAAUGCAUUGGAAGCCGAGAAAUGGCUAACUAAACAAAACAUCCCCCCUGGAUUUUCUAUUUUCAAACUAUUUUUUGAUAUUGUGGAUAGUGCAGAUGUUGGGCACAAUCAUGAGAUUCUUGAAAAUAUUAAACCUUAUUUUGAGAAACUAGUUGUCAAUGAGUUACAAUUGAGAGAAAGAUUUAGAGAGAUGUUUCCAAGAAUAAAACAGGUCAUCCUUGAAGAAUCUUCACAAUAUUAUCGAGACAUAAUUGAUGAUAGUACUUUAGAAGUAUGUUUUCCAACAAAAGUUCAAAUUAAAAAUGACAAUAAAAUUUUUCAGCUAUCAAUCAAGUCAUUUUUAGAUUUGCAGCACGAACAAAAAUUGAAUAAAGUAAUCGAAUCUGAAGAUUGCAAUAUUCAGCUUCAAUUAUACAAGUCGGAUGAAUCAUUAAGAAAUUCUCUUAAUAGUUUAUUUGAAAAUAUUGGCUGUAAAAAUGGAUGGCUAAAUGAUUAUAGUGAUUUUAUUUUACAAAACCCAGUUCCAACAUUAAAUGCUUUAAAAAAGCAGUUAGCAAUGAUAGAUGAAGAAAGUACCAAUAUUCCCGAGGCUCAGCAUCUUCGAGCUCUUAUAGAUUCGGCUGAUAAUUGGGUGGCCAAAGCUAGAAAGUUUUUAGGAUCCAGAAGCACCUACAUACAGCUCAACGGAUUUUUAGGUAUUUACGAAAGUGUGGAAACAUUUCAAGAAUUAAUGGAUCAAAUCAAGUCAUUUUCUUUUAUAUGCCCUGAGAUUAACCAGAUACUAGCUCUAGCAGCAGAUAUUAAAACAUUUGAAAGCGAAGCUGAAAUUUUCUUAAAUACUCCUAAUCAUACAAUAAAGGAAUUUGAAGAAUUGCUUAGUAAGGGGCAUUCAUUUGGGAUUAAAUUAAAGACAUUGGAUUUGCUACAUCGUGUUUUGCUUAGAUUAAAGUGGAAAGAACACGCCGAAACUGCAUUGGCAAAAUCAACAGAUUUCAAUGAGUUGCAAGAUUUAAUUAAAAGCGGACUGUGCAUAUGUGGAAAAUCUGAUGUAGAACUACUUGAGAAGAUUCGGAUGAAAAUAAUCCGUGGAAAAACAUUGGAUGCCAGGUCAAAUGAAUUGUUAUCUUUAUUAAAAAUAGAGCCUGGAGAAUUGAAAAGAAUUUUAAAAGACAUCGAGGAGUUUCCUAUUAAUUCUGGUACUAGACAUGUGUUGAAUGAAAUUUGUAAAGUGCAUGAAUUAAGCAAAUGGAAAGUGGAUGAAAUUUUAAACAAAAUUCAUGAGACGGAGAAUUUAUUUAAAAAAGAAAAAGAGCUUCAGGGGAAACAACCCUUAACAGUUGAUGAUGAUUUGUUUCUUAAAAUGGUUGCCAGCAGAAAUUUCGACGGAAGUCGGUUGGAUGAAAGACCAUUGUAUUCCAAAACCAAGCAGUUUUUGGAGAAAUCGAAAAAGUUACGAACCAAGUUGGAUGUAAGUGAAUUGGAAAAUUAUAUCAAAUCUGUAUUAGAUUGGCAAAGAGAUUUCAAACGAAUAUUUGGAAAUAAUUCGGCAAGCAAAUCUCUCCGUAAAAAUCUCGAGUUGGUGAGAGAUUGUAAUAGAAGAUGUCUUGUGGUUGAAAACAAUGAUAAUUUUGGUAAUCAGCAUAGUAAUGAUUUAGAAAAUAGAACUAAUCAAAAACUACAUUGUCUUUGCCAGACAGUUCUUUGUUCAAAUUUUGUUCAAUGUGAGAAAUGUAAAGAAAAGUAUCAUGAAAAAUGUUUAAACCAGAAUGGUGAACCUGUGAUUCGAAAUAAAGAUGGGUUGUUUAUAUGUCCAAUUUGUGAUUAUAGCAUUCCAAUUAAAAGAAGUAAUUCUAGAGCCAAAUAUGAGGAUAUUGUUCAAAUGUAUCAAGCUGGAAGACACUUGGUGAUUUGUCCAGAUGAGUUAAUGGUUGUUGAUGAGAUUGUUAAAAACUCCGAUUAUUUCCUCAAUCAUUUCUACCAUUAUAUUAACCAAAAACCGGAUCGUGAUGUUGAUGUACUUAAGUUUUACAUGAGGAAAUUUGAGGGAUCUACGAUAUUGUUUACAAAUGAAAUAAACAUACUACGAAAUCUCAUAUACAAAUAUGAUCCUGUUUGCUCAAUUCCUCCAACAUAUUACAACGAAAGUAAUGAAUAUAUCAUACACAAGUUUGAAAAUAAAAAAAAAAGUAAUGAGAAGGAUAGUUCAUUAGAACCAGAUAAAAGCCAGCGAGUAACAAGAUCUAUGGGUUUACGAAGCAUUUUAAAUUAA